UGGGAGCAGCCGACGCCGCCAUGACUUCGCUGCGGGCUUUCACGUGCAACGACCUCUUCCGCUUCAACAAUAUCAAUUUGGACCCUCUCACAGAGACUUAUGGGAUUCCAUUUUACUUACAGUACUUGGCUCACUGGCCAGAGUAUUUUAUUGUUGCGGAAGCACCUGGUGGCGAACUAAUGGGUUACAUUAUGGGGAAGGCUGAAGGCUCAGUGGCCAGAGAGGAGUGGCAUGGCCAUGUUACUGCCCUCUCUGUUGCUCCUGAAUUUCGCCGGCUGGGUUUGGCUGCUAAGCUAAUGGAGCUGCUUGAGGAAAUAUCGGAGAGAAAGGGUGGAUUUUUUGUGGACCUCUUUGUAAGAGUAUCAAAUCAAGUUGCCGUGAAUAUGUACAGACAACUAGGCUACAGUGUGUACAGAACAGUGCUAGAAUAUUACUCAGCCAGCAACGGGGAGCCUGAUGAAGAUGCUUAUGAUAUGAGGAAAGCCCUGUCUCGAGACAUAGAGAAGAAAUCAAUUAUACCAUUGCCUCAUCCUGUCAGACCGGAAGACAUUGAAUAAGCCAAGGCUGGUUAUUUAUGCAGUGUGCUGAGAAUAACAUUUGGAGACAGCUGGAAACACUUUACAAGGACACUGCAGCAUUUUGAGAAAUGUAAUUAGGAGUCUUGGAGCAGUGAAGAGAAUGUGCAGAUCUGAACUUUUGUUUUUAGGCUGUUUGGCAAAAUCUUCAAAUGCUGCUGAUGCAAAGCAGACGUGACGGGAACCUUUUGUGACUUUUAAUUAAAACCAUAAAUAAAC